AUGAAUAACGAUGAUAUUGUUUAUUUAUCGUUACUAGUUCUUUCUAUGGUAUUUGGAUUGUAUUACAGAACAAUAAGUAAUGUAGACAGUAAAAGAAAAACUGGUGCAGCUUUAGGACUUGUGAUUGUUGUCACUGUCUCUGGAAUCCAUACACUGCAUGUUCUGAUAAGUACCCUAGUGAAUACUUGCAUAAUAUUGUACUGUGAUAAAAGGAAAUGUCAUGUCUUCAGUUUCUUUUUCUCCUUCCUGUACUUAUUUUUCUUUCGAUCAACCACCUAUUUUGGUAUUCCCUAUCCCCCAUCACACACUAAUUUGGUUCAAAUGAUGGUAACAUUGAAGAUUAUUGGUCUAGCCUUUGAAGUCAAUAAUUGCUUUGAGACAAAGAAGAAGAAAGAUGAAGCAACCAGGACAGAAGAACAAAAAUUUGAAGAUGAGACAAUUUGCUUUGACUUGGAGUUCAUGGAUGUAUUUUAUUAUAUAUUCAACUAUUGUGGAGUAUUAACAGGACCAUAUUUCAGAUAUAGAACAUAUUUGGACCAUUUGAACAAGCCAUAUCAUAAAUAUGAUGAUUUCAAACCAAUUUUGCUCAAAAAAUUUUAUUGGAUCCCAUUUUUGGGGGCAGUACAUGUUUUCACAAACUAUUAUUGGCCAAUAUCAUAUGUCAACACUCCAGAAUUUCUAAACAGGUCUUUCUUGUAUAGAUAUUGGUAUAUUUGGCCUUCUUUUGUGAUAUUCAGAUCUAGAAUUUACUUGGGACUGAUUCUGACUGAGAUAGUAUGUUUAUUUGGUGGAAUGGGUGUAUAUCCAGCAUUUUCCUCACCAAGAGCUGGACAUGGGCCAACUAGAGAUUUCAAACAAUUAAAAGAGAUAACGGAUCCUGAAAAACUGAAAACACUGGAGUAUGACUAUGAAACAACCCACUGUCUGAACCCUUAUGAGGCUGAUUGUCUUCCCACAAUGCGAGAAGCUAUGAAGCAUUGGAACAUAACCAUCCAGUACUGGCUGGCAACUUAUAUCUAUAAAAGGUUUCCUUACAAGAAGUACCGGACCAUUGUAACCAUGUUCAUGUCAGCUGUUUGGCAUGGAAUGUACGCUGGGUAUUAUUUUUGUAUAGCAACGGUUCCGUUCGCUCUCAUGUAUGAGGAUGUAUGGGUCAAGUUGUUGCUGGAAAAAAACAAAGGGACAGCACUGAAAGUAUCGAAGCUUGUGAUGCUUUUCCUGAAAAUGCAGAUGUUUUCCUAUCAAAGCACUGCAUUUGUUCUCUUGGAAGUAAGAAAAAUCAUCAGCUACUACAACUGUCUAUAUCACUGUGUGCCUAUAUUUUAUAUUGGUCUAUACUUCCUUGGAAAGUUUUUGUUAAAACAAAAAAAUAUGAAGGAAAGUUAGAUAUAUCACCUAUACAUACCUAA